GGUUCUCAGAAAGGCUUUAAAUACGCAAGAUUGUUCACACUCCCUCAAUCUGCGUCAUUAUUGUCGAUCAGUCCUGGUCAACUCCAAACAACAUAAUGAACACAAAGGUUUACGACGAGAGAGUAGAAAAACUCUUCCCGCCUCCAUCCCCUCCACCGACAGUACUCUGUCCACAGAGGUGGCCAGGAUGCAACCCCGAAUCAUUGGCCGCGAUGCGGCACGUAUUGAUCGAUAACCACACCCGACAUCACAUCUUCUUUAAUAAUAUCCAGUUUCACAACCACAUUACCCAUCGAGCGCUUGCGAUAUACGCGUUAGGGGGGAGCGGCCCCGUGAUUGAAGCAUUAUACAAACAGGACAGCAAGGUUCAGAGAGCUGCCAUUGUAUCGCCCCAUCCCAUCACAGCGCAGAAUUUUGUUGACCAUCUCGGUGAUGAAAACUACUACGAAGCUUACACCACUUUCUUUGCUAAGGCCAUCGAUGAGAAAGGCGCAUCCGCAACUUUGGAUGAAUUUAUCUUUUCUGAGAAGUAUAACUUUCAGCCCGGAAGAGAAGUGGCAAAGCAGCCGGAAAUGCUGUGCCGAUUCGUAGAUGGGGUCUUUCAUUCAUUGAUUCAUUGUGGAUAUGGCGUCGAGUUUGGCUUAAAAGGCAUGCUUGCUGAGGGGCUUUCGUUGGCGGCGAUGCAUGAUAUUCCUGUCCCGGGUUUCCUUCCACGAUCAAUGUUUGUCGCCCAGCCUGGUGACGGCAUCGGCGCUGUGAUGAACAGUUUUGCGUCGUUGGUGCUCGAUUCUGCGAUGCCUCUCAAGGCACCAAGCGGACAAGACACCCACGCUUUCUCAAUUCUUGCUCGAGUUCUCAAGGAUCCCAGCCUUGCGUCGAAAGGCCCAUUAAAUUUCGCUAGGCAAUAUCCUGACACAGUUGUGGCUCACGGUGACACAAUCCGCGAGCACGUUCAGAAAUGGACGGUAGAUCUCUCCAAACCAGGAGAGAUCGAACGUAAGAUAGGAGAGUGUAUUUGGACCUCCUCGGUAAUGUAUGCUCUCGGAGGGUGGAGAAACGGUUUCACUGCCAAUUUCUUCCUGAUGCAUCUGGUCACUUCAAGUCUCUUCCUCCCUUCACUCGUCGCCUACUUGUCUCCUCGGGCACAAGUCCAACUUCUCCGCGCAUACCUCUCAAGCGCUAUUGCAUGGUUCGUAGUAUGCGGCCGACCCUCCCUGAAUUUCAAGUCCUUUUUUGAGUCGACAUCCACGGUGCCGAACCCUCCAAACAGCCCCGCUGUUCCGCCAGUGGAAGGUAUCCCAGCACAGAACGCGCAGACACCCAACCCUUUCCUUCCUCUCGUUCAAUCAUCCAUAAUGCACCCCAAUGACCAUCACGCCAAGAUCCAACGAGCUUUCGCACACUUCUCCACCAUCUAUGGGGCCCGGCCGAAAGGAUACUUUGCUGGAACUGAACUAGAUGGGGCAGAGGAACUUGACGGCUCGCUGUUCGUGCGAGCAGCCGUGUUGACCGCAGAUUACAUGGGAUGGGUGAGGGAAGGGGAAGAGGCGAGAAUGUGGAGUUUGAAAGGGUUACAUGUGUAAGCAAUGAGGGAGAUUGGAGCAGGUGUUAGUUCGAAACAAGGAUGGGGUUUAGCUCAAGAUAAAUCUUCUUUAGGUGUAAUGUCUGAUGAAUACGGAACAGAAGGAACCAGUGAUGCAUUACAACCCGUAGAAUCGCGUUAGAGAAAACAUAAAGAUUAUCUGGAAGUAAAGGUGAAGCUUUGAAGUCCAGAGUCUGAGACAGUUUGUGCAGUAAUGUAACGAUUACAAAUUAUAACAUUAGUCAGGUGCCUCGUUGCCCGGCGCAGACAGAGCGGACUCAUCUCCGUC